AUGAGCUCAAGUGAGGCGCCCGUUCCGCCAGCUUCUGUGUCGGGACAGGCCGAACCUGCCGUGGCCACCGACCCUGCCACAGGUCUGGUCCCAGGUCAUUUCUGGACGGACAAUGCGCAGCAGGCAGCACCAGAGGAUAGCGACCAAGAUUCGGCGCUCGGAGUCGGUGAUAACCUCUCGUCGACCGCCUCUAUAACGUCGAGCAUUCUCGAAUAUCGCACUGUCCAUGGCAGAACAUACCACAGCGAACGGGGCAACGCCAAGUACUGGGGAUCAAAUGAUGAGACACAGAAUGAGUCCAUGGACAUCAACCACCAUUCUCUUUUGCUCGCCCUAGACAACAAGCUCCAUUUGGCUCCAUUGAAGGACAUUCAGAAAGCAAUCGAUAUUGGUACUGGAACAGGGAUCUGGGCAAUUGAUUUCGCAGAUGAAUACCCUAAUGCCGAGGUCAUUGGGACCGACAUCUCACCAAUUCAGCCCUCAUGGGUACCGGCAAACCUAAAGUUCGAGAUCGAGGAUUGCACCCAAGAUUGGACGUACCCAUCGAAUACCUUCGACUACGUCCACAUGCGAUGGUUGAAUGGCAGCAUCGACGACUGGAGCCAGCUGUUCCGAGAAGCGUUCCGAUGCUGCAAGCCAGGCGGCUACGUCGAGAGCUUUGAGGGAGCUCCCUACAACGAGAGUGAUGACGGAACCGUCAAGGACACCGAUGCACUGGGCCAGUGGGGAAAGCUGUUUGUUGCCGCUGGCAAGAAGUUUGGUAGAUCCUUCACGACCGUGCCCGACGGGAUCCAGAGAAAGGCAAUGGAGGAGUGUGGCUUUGUUGAGAUCCAAGAGAAGAACAUCAAGACCCCGGUCGGCGGCUGGCCCAAGGAUCCCGUCCUCAGACAGAUCGGCCAACUUGCGCAAGUGGCACUGACGACCGACGUGGAAGGAUACCUGAUCCUCUCGGCGACGGAGCUGGGGUGGACUCGCGAAGAGACCCUUCUCUACGCGGCCCAGGUUCGGCGCGAGGUAAGGUCGGGAAAGCACCACGCCUUCUAUCGACAGAAGAUCGUCUGGGGUAAGAAACCCUUCUCGGCGUAG